AUGUCCGGCCUGAAACUUGCACUCAAAGAUUACCGACUCUACAUAUUCAUCAUCUUCCAACAUCUCUCGCUUCUCUCCCAAACCUUCCAAUACUUCUUCCCUACCAUCGUCAAUACACUCGGCUUCGGCAAAAUCGCUACCUUGCUUCUUACGGCUCCAGUAUGGUUCGCUACAUUCCUCGUCUCGCUCUUCGUGACUUGGACAUCUGGCAAGUCCGGUGAUCGAUCAAUUCAUAUAAUGUGCUUAAUGAUGGUUUCUCUCAUCGGAAACAUCAUCGUCAUCAGUGCAACUGGUACUGGUGCUCGCUUCUUCGCUAUGUUCCUCAUGCCCAUGGGUGCAGUUUCUGCUUACCAAAUCAUCGUGGCAUGGGUCGCGAACAGUUUCAUCAGGCCAAAUGUGAAGCGUUCUGCUUCCAUUGCGAUCUGUAAUAUGAUUGGCAAUACGGCGUCCAUAUAUGGAUCGUAUAUGUAUCCCAAGUCUGAUGGGCCGAGGUAUUUAGCUGGUGGUGCCGCCGUGGCUGGAAUUUGUUUUAUCGUUGCUGCUUUGGCAUUUGUAUUAAGAUUGGUUCACAUCCAUGAGAAUAAGAAACUGGAGAGGGCUGAGGCGGAAGGGUUGAGUCCCGAACAGGUCAGUGGUGAGGCCCGAGGAAUGGGAUUCAGAUAUGUAACCUGA